AUGUGUAUCGCAUUCUUCACUUUGUCACAACCGGGAUACAAGCUUAUUCUAGCUUCAAAUCGAGAUGAGUUCCUCUCUCGACCUACUGCACCUGCACGAUGGCAUACUUUCUCUCACACCACCUCUCCAGAUGAGGACGACGAGAAGGAACCUUGGGUACUAUCUGGUGUAGAUAAAGGCGCAGUGAACGGUGGGACUUGGUUAGGCAUUACAAGGGAUUUGAGAGUCGGCUUACUCACCAACGUCCGCCUUACCCCUCCCACUCCCCCUCUUCGACCUUCCCCCAAUCCACCUUCCAGGGGUCUCCUCCUCCGAGAUUUCCUAUCCAAUCCUCCCUCAUCUUCAGUCGGAGUACAUGACUACCUAUCAUCCCAUUAUCCCCAAUCGGGCGAAUACGAAGGAUUCAACCUUCUGCUCUUUUCUCUACACAAGGGAAAAGGGGAAGUCGGUUAUCUGACAAAUAGACCUAUUCCUUGUUUAACGGAGUUACAUAUCCCUUCUUCCCAUCCCACCCCACCUCCCGCCCCUCAACCUUGUGAUCCCCUUAAAGGGGAGGAGAGAAAGGCACAUGAGUUAGCUGCUCAAUGUUUUGGGAUAAGCAAUUCGCCAAUGAACGAACCUUGGCCUAAAGUCCUACAAGGGGAGAAGAGGAUGGUGGAUACUUUGAAGCAAUGGCAGAAAGGCGGAGAGGAUGAUAAACAGCUUAUAGAGAGGAUGUUUGGAGUGUUAUCCCAAAGUAUACCAAUAACCAAGGAGUCCGACGCAUUAUCAUCAACUACCAUCCCUCUCAUCACGAUUCCUUCCGCCAAUGCGUUUACUACCCCUACUACAGAAUCAGGACAGUCCCCAAAACCAAGAUGGUACGGUACGAGAACGUCUACAGUCAUCAUUGUAAAAGAAAAUGGAGAGACGAUCUUCGUCGAAAGAGAUGUACUGGUUUUGGAUGAUGAAGGGAAUCCAAAGAAGGGUGAAGGGGAAAGAUGGGUGAAAUUUAAAGCGAAUUUGGAUUAG